AUGGCCUCCAAUCUCGCUAAAAGGAAGCCCUUUGGCGCUCCAGGCCCCCAUGGAUCAACAGGGGCAUCUAGGAAGCGCGCAAAAACAUUCGACGCCCGCACCCUAGCCGUCCAGUCGACCGAUGCCGCCCUCUCAAUAACAGGCGAACUCGAUGUCGCCGCAUACGCAGCUGCCCGCGCAUUCGAAAUCCAGGCUCUAGAAAAUGGAAUGCAGCGCUCAAGAGAUGCACUCACAACACGAGCAUUCCAGAAAGUGCCCCGCUCCCUGCGGAGACGAACAGCAAGUCACAAUGUGAAACGGGUCCCACGGAGGUUGAGGGCGAGAGCCAAGCGGGAGAUGAUCGAGGACAAGACGCCGACUGUUACUGCCCGGAGACGCAAACCCACGCAGAUUAUGCGCAUCCGACUCGAAACUGCCAGACGCCUGCAGAACCUCAAUGCCAAGUCUAAGGCGAGACGUGCGACGAAGAAGGGCAAAGCGGCGAAGGAUGCGGCUACGACGCUGAAAGAGGAGGGAAGCCAUCCAUUCAAUACUGCGCCAAGGAUACCUAAGAUCAAGAAGAAUAAGCUUUCGCGGCCGCCUCCGCCGGAGGCUAAAUAUAAGAAGCGUCAGCGUUGCAAGACUUGGUUGCCGACUCACAUGUUUCAUGCGAAGCGUGCUCAUAUGGCGACGACUAAGAAUCCUAUUUGGCGAUUUGCGAUCCCUGUGUCGCCUACGGAAAAGAGCUAUAGACCUACGCACAGAGCACGCGGGUCACGAGGUGCGGUGGCAUGGGAUAUGAGUUACAUGUCUACUGUACAGCUCGAGGGAAAAGAACCGUGCAUUGAGGCUGUCCUAAGGGCUGUUGGUAUCGUUGGCGAUGAGGCCUGGGGUUCCAAGGGAAAGAAGUGGAGGGCUGGUACUCGGUCGUUACAGGCGUGGGCCUAUGAGAAAGCUAAUUCGACAAGACCACUGGCGCCUGUUACACUGGUCUGGUGCGCACAGCCAAAGGACGAAGAUAUUGAAAUGACCAGUGCCGAUCAAAGCCAGCCAACAAAGGACCCGCGACGGAAGCUGUGGGUUCGAGUUCAUCCAUCGGCAUUCCUGCAUCUCUGGACAGAUCUGCUCGAGUCUUCGAAGAGACAGAAUCCUCCUGUUAUGAUUGAAGAUUUGCGAUUUGACAUUGGCAGCAUUGAAAUUACUGGACCGGGAUCUGCAGAAGCCUUGCUCGCAGCAUUGCGGCCUGUUCAGGGCUCAGAAGGCCAAGCCCCAGGACCUCAGAGUCCAGAGACGACCUGGUCCUCUUUGCUGGGAGUAUCAAACCCGUGUUCCCUUCCCCAAAAUGCCCUUUUGUCCUUUGCUGUUUCCGAUCCGCGCCUUCAAUUCCCACCACAAACCCUCCGAGUUCCGGAUAACGAAUCCCACAUGAAUGAUCUGGCCAUGUUGCUCGCCAAGUGGUCUCCUGAUCAAACACAAGGACCUUCUCUCCUAUUCGAACGCUCCAAUCGCUUAGCAGCUGCUCGUCAGCUUCCUAGCCAGAAAGCCAUCAACCGUCGUCGGGGUCUCGCUGGCCCGGGCGUUCGUCCCGCUCCGCAGCCCAACGACCCACAUAUUCCGGUCAUGAUCCUGGCAAACAAACCAUCUGCCUUAUCCAAGCGGAACAGCGCACCCGGGUCCUGGACUGUGCUUUUACCAUGGAGGUGUGUCGUUCCUGUUUGGUACUCUAUUAUGUACUACCCGCUUUCAAGCGGAGGAAACCCGCGCUUCGGCGGCUUGAAAGAACAGCAACAGCUUGCCUUUGAGGCGGGCGAGCCGUGGUUCCCUGGUGAUUUCCCUGGAACCCGAGCUGGUUGGGAAUGGGGUCAGAAGGAAGCGCAGAAAUCUCAAAAGGAGUGGGAACGCAGACCCAAAGGGCGUCGGCCUGAGUUUGAUAGUCUCGCUCUGGGCGCUGACCGUCCGAAGGGAGAAAUAGGACAUGGUUGGGCGUGUGAUUGGGAACGACUUCUCCAGGGACCAUCGCAGGAAGCUGUUAAUGCCGCGCCUUCCAAGAAAGCAGCUGAUGCUAAUGUUGAUGCUGGUUCUGACACCUCUGUUUCCCCUCCUCUCAACAUCCACAACAUCCGAUACCCUCCUAGCAAUACCGAUCGCAUCCUCAGCAACCUCAUCAAGUCUCCUCCAGGCUCUGGCGCCCUAGCUCCAGUCUACCUUACACUUUGCACUCGUGGUACACCCGUUCCCUGUGCCCGUAUCUACCGUCUCCCAACCGACCCUUCAUUGCGUCAGAAAUGGUUAGAUCUCGCCUCAACAACUAAGAAUGCCGACCAGAAGCCCAAGGGCCGGACAGCUUCAGAAAUGUCAGACGAGGAAGCCCGGCGUCAACUUGCCGAGUCACUGCUCUCAUGUUCAGCACCAGUGACAGCCUCUGAUUGUUUGGAGGUCCCCACCGAGGACGAUUUGAUCGGAUUUGCGACCUCUGGAAACUACAAUCUUUCCGAGGGCAAAGGCACUGGUAUUGGAUCGAUUUUGCUUUCGAAGGUCUUGAUACCCGAUGUCAAGCAACAUGAGAGAAGAAUGUGUAUCGUUCGUGCGGCUGGGGAGAAGUCAGGACGGUUAGGCACGUGGGAGCUUGUCUGA